AGAGGUGUCAGUCUACGCUGGCUCCACUGCGGACUGGCCGGCGUUGAGGGAUCUCGGCUCAGCGAGCUAUUUUUGAAAGUGACCCUGAUAGUUUGCAGCUGUUUACGACCAUGACUGAAGAUGACGGAUUCAGUUGUCGCGGAAGGCCAAGCCAGACUGAGGGACGGGAAAAAGUGGAAAAAUAGAUGGCUGGUGCUUCGAAAACCUUCCCCUGUUGCAGAUUGCUUGCUCAUGCUGGUGUUCAAAGACAAGUGUGAGAAGAGCAAGGGGCACAAGGAGAGGAGCAGCCUGACUCUGGAGGAUAUAUGUGGCCUUGAACCCGGCCUCUCGCUUGAAGGCGUGAGUCACAUCCUCGCUAUCAUCUGUCUGGGACAAACUGUGCUGCUGGCCUUUGAGAACAAGGAGACCAUGUGUGCCUGGGACAUUCGCACUCGCUACAGCCUUGGAGAAGUUCACAGGUUCCACGUCACCGUGCUCCCUGGCACCAAGCUGGAAAGUGGACCUGCCACCCUCCACUUCUGCAACAACAUCUUUGUGCUGGUGCGGGAUGUCCCGCCGUGCAUCAUUGGCCACUGGAAGCUCUCCGACAUGAGGCGUUACGGUGCCAUCCCCAACGGGUUCGUCUUUGAAGGGGGGUCGCGGUGCGGACCCUGGGCCGGCGUUUUCUUCCUGUCCUGUGCGGAGGGCGAGCGCAUCAGCUUCCUGUUCGACUGCAUUGUCAGAGGCAUCUCGCCGACCAAGGGGCCCUUCGGCAUCAGGCCCGUGUUGCCCGAUACCAGUAUAAGCACUACCACCAUCGAGGAGAGGAUCAGUCACGAGGCACUGGAGUUGGAGAAACGUUUGAGUCUCCUGUCACAGUCCAGUCGGCACAGUAGUGGAGGUGAUGACCGCAGUCUGUCCAGCUCCACCGAGUCCUCGGACACCAGCCAGUCGGACACGGCGAGCGUGGGCAGCCGCCUGACGCUGUGGGCGGAGCAGCAGCCAGCGGCCCCGGGCCCGGGGGGAGGCUCAGGCUCAGGCCCAGGCCCAGGGCCACAGGAGGCGGGCAGGAGGCCGGGCCCGGAGGCCUCGGGCUCUGCUAGGCCUCACGCCCCUGCCAAGCCUCCGCGCUGCCGCCGGCUGCAGGAGGUGGGUCGCCAGGGCUCGUCGGACAGCGGCAUCGCCACGGCCAGCCACUCGUCGUCGUCGGGCAGCUUCUCCUCCUGCGCCGGCAGCGAUGAGUUCGGCUCCCAGGCCAGCCUGAUGCCGGCGGCCAGAACCGCUCCAACGGCCCGGGCCUGGUGCAACUGUGGCUCCGGCCUCGACUACCGCGUCCCUGCCGCCCUCCAGUACCACCACUACGACAGCCCGAGGAGCAUCCUGCAGCCGCCCGGGCCUCGAGGGGAGGAGGAGGAGGCGGUCGGAGCAUGCGACAGCUGCGGCCCAGCCCCCACCACGGCACCGGCACCACCCCUCAUCGCCACCUGCCUCAGCUGCGGAGGCCUCAAGGGAACAACAGCCUCACAAUUGGGACCCUCGCCUACCCUAGGUGCCCCAGGGUCCGGUGUGGAAGUCGGUGGGAAGGCCGGCAGAUUCGACCUGUACGCUCUGCUCAGGUCCCAGAUCGUACAACGCAAGGAGCAGCGACGGGUGGCCGGCCAGACCAAAGUCAAACACAGUGGGAGUUGGCAGAGCGUUUUUGGGGACCGUUACGGCACGCUGUGGGACUUCAGGAGCGGGCGCCUCAACGAGCAUCGUGUGACAAGAGACAAGCAGGAGGAUUCAGCUGCCGGGGGCUACGCAUUGAGGCGCAGCUGUUCUGUGGAGGGUGGAUCUGCUGCGGCGGUGCCCCGGGGGCAGUGUGCCAAGGCACCCGGAGGUGGUGGCAACGGAGCUGCCCCUCCGCUGAGGCAUUCUGGCAACCCCCAGUACCAGGCCAUGGCGGCCGCAGAUCAUUCCCAGCCGGGACAGGGAGACAGAACGGGCCAGAGUCAGGGGUAUCGGCCGCUGAGCGAUGUCUGGGGGGAGCUGGAGCGGGGCAGAGACGGCCGCCAGGUGGUCUCUGUGCCCGGGAGGCUGCUGGCUGCCAUGACCAAGGUGCGGACCUUCCCCGGCACCAGGGAGCCGGCCGCUCGCCGGGCAGUCGCCCUCCACCCUGCCGCCGAGCCCUACCUGCUCCUGCAGGCUCCAGGAGAUCCGCACAUCUGCCAGCCAGCACCACAGCGUCGGGAGCCCCAGGUGGAGGAGGCGAGGGGACACGGAGUCCCCGGGAAACACGGCGAGGAGUGGAGCAGACCAAGACUGUACCUCCCGAACCCAAGGACGGCGACACAAGAGCACGCAGAAUACAGCACCGCCUCUCGGAAGCCAGGACUGGCCCAACACAGCCACCUGAUUGAAGAUAAAAAAACAGGGAAAAAGGAAGAGAAGCCGAAAGUGGUGACGGGGCAGAUGUACGAACUCAUGGAGUCACUCCCAACAGAGAAACAGUCGGAGGCAGAGAAAUGCGGAGGGUAUGAGUACAUGGCCAGCUGUGGACAGCAGAAGCCCCUCCUGGAGGCAGAAGGUCCACCCGGGGCAUCUAAGUCACACCGAGGGCAAGGCAGCCACCCGGAGAUGUUGGGUCCGAAACAAAAGCGGGAGAAAGGAUUUCCAGACGAUGAGACGUCAGGCAGCUUUGACACAAAGAAACUAUCCGUGGGGACACUCAUUUGCCCCCAGGACCUCGCUGGGGCAGACAGACCUCGCGGUGAAGGGCCGACGUACAUCAACAUCCCGGUGAGCCCUGUCUCGAAGAAGCAACUGCACUACAUGGAGCUGGAGCUCCAGGAGUCCAGUCCUGCCAUUCGAGCAGGGGCGAGCUCAUCCAAGUACGCGCAGAUUGACAUCACUGCGACGGAGACGGCGCACAAGGUGGGCAGCCAACAUGCCCAGCACAGGGAGGAGCGCUUGCAAGAGUUGGAGCAGAAGAGGAAAGGGCCGCCGCUGCAGUGAUGCAACCUAGUGAUCAACUCCGCUGAACAUUCUGCCUUUCGCUCAAGCCUUCAGCACCGAAUCGGACUCGGUGCAGGCCUGGAUGGACAGGCUCCCGGUCCAACUUCCACGUUGACCUUGCUCCCGACGCACCAUGGCUCUGUGAUCCUGCACAGGCUCCGAGCGUGACUGGAUUCAUCAGGAAUUUUGUGCAACACAUUGUCAACAGAGAAUGUCUUUUUGACCUAUUUGCUCCUCAUUAGUAUUUACAUAGAACAGUACAGCACAAAAACAGGCCCUUCGGCCCACAUACUGGCCGAACAUGAUGCCAAGACCAACUCUCAACUGCCUGCACAUAAUCCAUAUCCCUCUAUUCCCUGCAUAUCCAUGCCUAUCCAAAAUUCCUAUCUGCCAGCACAUCUAUUAUCCCUCCAUUCCCUGCACAUCCACGCGUCUAUCCAAAAGUCUCUUUACAUGCCACUAUCGUAGCUGCCUCAACUACGCCCCUCCCCUCCAACUCCAGCUGUUUCCUGGCUAUGGGGGCUUCUUGCCUGGCAUUGUAGCCUUGGGUGCUGGUCACUCUAAGGUACCUCGCCCAUUCUUUACAUAGAGACAAGGAACUGCAGAUGAAGGUUAAUACACGAAAGGGCACAAAGUGCUGGAGUAACUCAGCAGGUCAGGCAGCAUC